AUGGGGUCGCUGCUGGAGCUGAGCCCGUGCCUGGCCUUCUUCAGGGAUGCGGGCACGUUGAAGGCGCCGGCGGGGUGCUGCAAGGGCCUGGGCAGCAUCGUCCGAGACCAGCCCGCGUGCCUGUGCCACAUCUUCAACCGCACCCUGGAGCGUGCCAUCGGCGUCGACAUCCCCGUCGACCGCGCGCUCGCCCUCAUGGGCGACGUCUGCGGCCUCACGCUGCCGCAAGACCUCAUGAGCAGCUGUGGCGACAACGGCGGCGUGCCGCCGCUGUAUGUGUGCCCGGCGCCCUCGGCCUGAAUCCUCGGCCUGAAUCGCCUGAUAUCUGUCAAUCCAGGAGGAGAUGCGUGAAUAAAAGAUGGCAGCCCCUCUUCCAAGUAAGACGAAGGAUGCAUACGAAUGCAGCUUAUCAUAGAUACUCCAUACUAAUUGGAGUUUCGAAUUAGCAACACAUGUAAUGGAUAUGAUACUAGCUACCAGGUCGAUCCUGGGCACACUGUGGUUACAGAAGUAUGUACUGUCUCAACGCAUAAUGAUCAAUAUAUAAGAAACAAAAAAGUAUUAUAUAUUUA